GCGAGUGAAAUCAACACAGAGGAAUAACUGUAUUUUUCAUAACUUUUCUCAGCUAUAUAAGUCUCUUUCUCUAAAAUUCUGCAGAAUUUAAGUAAGUUAGCAAGUCCACCUGCUAACAGUGUUUAUUUUUAUUCCCCUGUCGACUGUUUACUUUUGAAACAUGGAUGCAGAGGAGGGCCCCCAGGCCCUGUGCGACCUCUGUUUGACUCAGGUGUGCUGCAGCCUGGACGCUCUGUGCAGCAAGCGAGCAGACGGCUCCCUUUGCCUCAGCUGGGCCCCACUCUUCCCACAGGAGAUGGCUGACCAGCUACUGCAGAAGAUGGCAACUAAAGGGAUACUGAAUGACAUGACUGUUGGGAUUUUCCGAAACUGCAAAGAGCUCCGCUUGCGCCGAGCCACCAUCCGCCGCUGUCCAGUGUCUGCAGAAGCCUUCCGUCUGGCCCUCUGCCCUCACCGACUCCAGGAGUUAGAUGCUUCCUGGGUCUCUGGGGAUCUCACUGGUGCUAAUAUGGUCUCAGGCCUUGCCUCCAACCUGGAGUGUAGAUCCAGCCUGCAGAGAUUGUCCCUGAAUGGGCUACAUCUGGACUGUCAGUCUCUAAGCGAGGAUGAAGGGGUCCGAGUUGGCUUCAGCUCCUUGAGGGGCCUGAGGACGCUCAACCUUGCCAACACAGACCUGACUGAUGCUGUUCUUGAAGAUAUCUGCACCCUCCCUCAGCUGGAAAGCCUGGAUAUCUCCUGCACCAGCGUCACAAAGCUCACAGCACUCUCCCAGUGCAAGAACACUCUGAGAUCUUUGAUCGCCCACAGGCUCAGGCUGCUGGAUAUGUCGUCUGCGAGGUUGCUCUUUGUCCUCAACCAACUUCACGCUCUCAGGCAUAUGGACUUUUCGGAUGACCACUUUACACUGGAAGAUAGUGAUGGGAGUGAUGGAGAUGAGACAGUGAGGCAGCUCCUGGAGGGGAGUACCCAGGUACUCCCUUCCCUUAUAUCUCUCGAUGUGUCUGGUCGUAAGAAAAUCACAGACGCAGCCGUCAGGGCGUUUGUGGAGGCCAGGAGUGGACUGGUCUUCUUGGGCCUGGUAGCAACCGGGGUUAGCUCCUGUGAUGUCCUUUCUUCACAGAAAGACAUGAAAGUAACCGGAGAGGCUAAUGAGAACCAGGUGUGUGAGGCCCUGAGGAGGUACAGAGACAGGGAGUGUUUCAUACGAGAGGCCCUCGUCCAUCUCUACAAUCUAACCACUGACACUGACAAACCACGACCAGAUAUGCUAAAGCUGGUUCUGAGUGCCAUGCAGAGCCACCCUGCCUCCCCGCACGUCCACUUGGUGGCCACAGCGUGCGUGUUCAACCUGACCACUCAGGACAUGGCAGAGGCUAUGCCUGUCAGGCUGCUCAGCUCCACUGUCACCCAGCUGCUGAAUGCCAUGAAGACUUUCCCUAAACAUCAGCAGGUGCAGAAGAACUGCCUGCUGGCACUCUGCAGUGACUACAUCCUUCAGGAUGUCCCCUUUGACAAGUAUUUAGCUUCCACGCUGGUGAUUAACUGGCUGAGCAGCCACGAGGAUCCUACCCUUCAGAGGAUGGCUGUGGCUAUCAUCUCCUUUCUGGUGGCCAAGUUGUCCACAGAGGAGACUGCACAGCUCAGCAAGGAUGCCUUUAUUAUGAAGCAGCUGCUGGCUAUCGUGCAGCAGAAGGCCAUGGUUGGAGUGGUGGACACUACUUUGAAGUUUGCCUUGAGUGCUCUGUGGAACUUGACAGAUGAGAUGCCUGCAGCAGCCCGAAACUUUAUCGAGUGCCACGGCCUGGAGCUAUACGAGGAGGUCCUGGAGUCCUACUACACUGAAUCUUCGGUACAACAGAAAGUUCUUGGCCUCCUGAACAACAUAGCAGAGGUGGAGGAGUUGCAGGCAGACUUGAUGGAGGAGGACUUAUUGGAGCACAUCCUCAGUCUGCUGCAGGACUCCCAUAUGGAGGUGGGGGUCCGCUACUUCGCCGGAGGGAUCCUGGCACAGCUGACCUCUAGACCAGAGGCCUGGACCUUGGAUAAUGAGCUCCGCACAACCAUACUGAACCAGCUGCAUGCUUCCAUAGUAACAUGGACCCAACUCGAGAGAGAAAUGGUCUCUUACAGGUCAUUCCGUCCAUUUUGCCCUCUGCUUCAAACUUGUCAGCCCUCAGGAGUGCAGAUGUGGGCAGUCUGGGCCAUACAUCUGGUUUGCAGUCAAAACACUUCAAAUUACAGCAACAUGCUGGAGCAGGAAGGUGUGACUGAACUUCUGAAGGCUUUAACUGCACAUCCCGACACACACAGUGACGUUAAAGGACUAUCGGACAGCAUCUUGAGUAUGGUAGAGUGCUGUCAGAAUCAAUUGGGGCCUCAAAGCUAAGCUCUUGACAAAAGUGCAAAGAUAUUUAUUUCAUCUGUGCCUAAAAUGUGCAGGCUGCAGA